AUGUCGUCUGCCGAGGUCAAGGCUCUCCAGGAGCAGGUUCGCGCCUUUGACGAGUUCAAGAACCAACCCCGCUUCAAGCGCACUGCCCGCCCCUACUCGGCCGCCGACGUCAUCACCAAGCGUGGCUCGCUCCCCAUUCAGUACCCUUCGGACGCCAUGGCCAAGAAGCUCUGGAAGAUCCUCGAGGCCAAGGAGCGUGGCGAGGGCGGCGGCUGCACCUUCACCUACGGCGCUCUCGACCCCGUCCAGAUUACCCAGAUGGCCAAGUACCUUGAGACCGUCUACGUUUCCGGAUGGCAGUGCUCGUCUACUGCUUCCAGCUCGCUUGAGCCUGGACCCGAUCUUGCCGACUACCCCUCCAACACUGUCCCCAACAAGGUCGCCCAGCUCUUCACUGCUCAGCUCUUCCACGACCGCAAGCAGAACUACACCCGCGCCACUGCCAUCGCCAAGGGCGAGAACCCCGGCCCCAAGAUCGACUACCUCCGCCCCAUUGUUGCCGACGGUGACACCGGCCACGGCGGUCUUACCGCCGUCAUGAAGCUCACCAAGAUGAUGGUCGAGGCCGGUGCCGCCGGUAUCCACAUCGAGGACCAGGCUCCUGGUACCAAGAAGUGUGGUCACAUGGCCGGCAAGGUCCUUGUCCCCAUCUCCGAGCACAUCAACCGUCUCGUCGCCAUCCGUUACCAGUGCGACAUCAUGGGCACCACCAACCUCGUCGUCGCCCGUACUGACUCGGAGGCCGCCACCCUCAUCACCACCAACAUUGACCCUCGCGACCACGCCUUCAUCCUUGGCUCCACCAACCCCGACCUCCGCCCCCUCGUCGACCUCAUGAUGGAGGCCGAGGCUGCCGGCAAGAACGGUGCCGAGCUCCAGAAGAUUGAGGACGACUGGGUCAAGGCCGCCAACCUCCAGCUCUACCCCGCUGUCCUUGCCGCCGCCAUCACCAAGCAGGGUGGCAACGGUGACAAGUUCGCCAAGGAGGCUGCCUCCAACCCCCUCUCCAACGCCGACACUCUUGCCCUCGCCAAGAAGCACGGCCUCAAGUCCGCCCCCUUCUGGGACUGGUCCGCCCCCCGCACCCGUGAGUGUGGCACUUUGGCAAUUUUUGCGAAUAUAUCUGACAAGCAGGGCUACUUCCGCUACCAGGGCGGCACCCAGUGCGCCAUCAACCGUGCCAUCGCCUUCGCCCCCCACGCCGACCUCAUCUGGAUGGAGACCAAGUCCCCCAUCUACGCUCAGGCCAAGGAGUUCGCCGACGGCGUCCACGCCAAGGUCCCCGGCCAGUGGCUCGCCUACAACCUUUCGCCCUCUUUCAACUGGUCCGCCGCCGGUCUCGGCCCCAAGGAGAUGAAAGAGUUUGUUUGGGAGCUUGGCAAGCUUGGUUUUCGAGAAUGGCCGCUGACAGUCAGCCUCUUCCAGUUCAUCACCCUCGCUGGUCUCCACUCGAACGCCUACAUCUCUGACAAGUUUGCGAAAGCCUUCGCGAAGGAUGGCAUGAAAGCAUACGUUGAACUUAUCCAGGGCCCCGAGGCCGACGAGGGAUGCGACGUUCUGACUCAUCAGAAGUGGUCCGGAGCCGAACUUAUUGAUGAAAUGGGCGAGAACGGUCGAAAAAGGUGUGAGAAUCCCGUGGGGAGUGGUUGGGGUGUAACUGCCACUUUUGCCCAAGUGCCACCUCCACCGCGGAAUCAAACCUCCACCUUGGACCCUGACCUCCACCGUUCUGCCCUGAAGUCUCCAAGCUUGACUCAGCUCUCUACUGUCACCGGAGGUAUCUCUUCCACUGCCGGCCACGUGCUUAGCCCUGCUAGUGUCGGCCUUCUCCGAUAUGACGUUCCAGUGAGGAAUCUUCUUCACGACGAGUCCUCUUACUCUUCUUCAUCUCUUCUCUUCCUUUUCUUGCAACAAACAACAGAACAGACCGCUAACGGAGUAGCUAUGGGCAAGGGAGUCACCGAGGACCAAUUCGCGAAGAAGUCGAAGCUCUAA